UUUUAUUUUUGUAACAUUUUUUUUUUUUAAUUCUCCUUAAACAAGUUCUAUCUAUUAGCUACAGUAUUUUCUGCGAUAUGACACUGCGGAAAGGAAGUCCGGACGACGCCCCUCCUCCGUAUACUCCCUCCGAUCCCCUCACGCCAACCUCUGGCAGUUUGUCUGUUCAAGGUGAACCUUUCGCACAAUCACCCAAUUAUUCUAUACAGCCAGCGGAUAAUUUCAUCUCUGCUGCUCCGUAUUUCAAUGAGCGUCCAUCAGUCGUCCCUCAUGGCCCAGACGAGGAGAUCCUGGAGCAUACCAUAACCAUCUACACUCGAAGCCAGGCCAAGGACUAUUCCCGCUUCCCGCGAUGCUGGCGAUCUCGAGCUGCGGAAGCCUCUAAGCACGAUUGGGCUACUUUUUUAAAUUACUUACUCCCUUCACAUCUGGGCCCUGCGUCCAAUCAUCCGGAUCUUCCACGAAAGCUUCGUCGGGAGAUUGCAAGAGACCAUAAAGAUCGGCCCCAGGAAGCUAAUGAGGAGCGGAAAGCUCGAAUUUCGGCCGUUGUCGAUGAAUGGAAUGUGCACUUCUUUGGCCCCCGGGCAAUGAGGGUGGCAUAUGUGUUUCCCUCUGAAUCUGGGACCACAACCAUCUCUCCGCUUUGCCCCAAUUGCUACCCAUCGACGGUCAGAUCAAUGCCACUGCGAACUGGCGGCGCACACCCGACUCUGUCCAGAUCGCAGACGGCACCACCUGCAUCGCAGCAUGGCAUUCCUCGCAAGCCAGUUGGCGAAAAUGCCGCUGAUCCUACACCUGUUCGGCCAUAUCAACCUCACACGGAAAACGAAGCCGAUACAAACCAAGGAAACCGACCGCAGAUCGCGCAACACCAGUCGCCCUUUGGGUCCUGGGCGUCCGCGAUCGUUAACUGGGCAAACAACUUUUCCGAGCAGGCACAACGAUAUGGCGAACACAUCGAACAACAAGCCGAGGCGCAUGGAAAGCGAGUCGAAGAAAGUGCCGAGUCAUUCGGCCGAAUGAUGGAAGCCAAGGGACAGGCAUGGGAAAACUACUUUGAGCAGCAAGGGAACAGGUUCGAGCGUGCCACGGAACAAUUCGAAAAAGCUUGCAACAGGCGCUCGCCCUGGUCAUACCGUUCGAAUCCAUCCGGUCCAUGGGGCGCAGGCGCUGGCAGGGGAGGAUGCAGCCGUCGCGGUGGCAUGGGACCUUAUUGGUCUAACUCCGGGUGUCCUAUGAGUUCUCGGCCACGGAGCGGCUCUAUUUCCUCUCUGUCGUCCUCUUCGUCAUCAUUCUCGGAUUCGCUCUCGUCCUCGUCUUCUUCAGAUUCGGAACACAGUGACAAUGAAACUAGCAUUAAGUCCGAAAUGAAUAGCUUACGCGAAAGUCGCACUCAGGCCCGUAAUCUGAACACGGAGCAUCGCGCGAAAGUUGCAGCGCUACGCCAUGAGAUGGGCGCGCUGAGGGCAGCACAUAGAGAACUACGAUCUUCGAGCCGAUGUGGGCCGGGUCGUGGGGCGAAUUCGCGUGAGAUGUUCAAUGACAAGGUCGCGGAAGCACGAGCUAUUAAAGCCGAAAUGGGGAAUUUAAAGCAAGAGUAUAAAGCUAUGAGAAAUGAGUUCCGCCAGGAGAAAAAACAGCUUCGACGCAUGAUCAAAAGCUCGAAGAAAGAACAUAGAAAGGCUAGAAAGGCGGAGCGAAAGCAGCAAAGGGGAAAAGGCGUCAAAGGUCAGGAAGUUGGCACGACUCACAAUCCCGCUAACAUCGCUCCACCGACCUCUUCUCUCCCGACGCAUGUCCCCGUGCCGCCCUGUCCCCCAAUGUCACCGCCUCCGGCGUACUCCUCUCCGUUCGUUUCUGAGCCCCCAGUGAUACCCACUGGUUUAACCCAGGAGACGAGAACUGAGACCGAGGAGACAGACAUCCCACCGAUGCAAAAUCAGCAAGCUAAACCUGAAGACAACUCUACAAAAUCUAGCAAGGGGAAAGGAAAGAGCUGCAGCAAGGAGCAAACACAACAGACGAUGAGCUGGGGAUAUACCAGCAGCAAUGCGGUACCAAAGUCGUCGGGAUUCUGGAAGAAAUCACGCGAGGCCGAGGCGCCGUCGGUUCAAUGGUCUGGUGAUGGCAAGCAGGAGAUCGGAGUGCUUCCUGUCGACGAUGAGGAGCGAGAAGACAGUGAGCGAGACAAUCCUCCACAGGGGCAAAAUAAUUGAAACCAGAACUUUUGCCCUGUGGGAUAUAUGUGUAUAUACAUACAUCUACCCUCUUUAUUCCGUUUUUGCUGUGUCCCCUUCGUGCAAGGCUCUCUCCGGUUGGUUGUUAUGGCGUAAGGCAGGUCUGAUGGUAUUAGCCUAUAAUGAUUUAGCAGGUGCUAUUAAUGAACUGAUGAUUCUCUUAUUUUUCAUCUGUUGUCAGUUCGUACGAAUCCACUGUACGGAGUACUCGGUAGGAUUCCAUGCAAUAAGGUGCAGCGGCAUGCUGCUAAUAUUUUUUAUAGAUGCCUCCACACCAAAGUAGUGUUAGCUUCAGAAGGAUUCUAUGAAUAUAAAAUAUAUCUCACAAGCACCCGUGAAGCUGGGAAGAAUACGUAGAUGAUGCCGUGAGGGGGGGGAACAGCACAACGCGGCGGAGUUUAAUGGCUAUGGAACGAUCCUAAUCAGAACCACAUUCAUCGUACCGCUUCGUUUCUCUCCACCAAGUCUCCCACUCCCAGAGCCCGUCCAAUUUUCACUUUGACCAUCUUCUCCCCUUCCUUGCCGUCCUCCUUUUUGCCCAUGCUUCCCACCUCAUCGCCCUCAUCCUGCACAUCGUCGUCGCCGUCGUCUUCCUGUUUCUUCGUCUUGGCAGCGGAUUUACUUUCGCUCGCAGCGGUUCUGGGCUCCUUGUCCUCUUUGACCCAGAGGUCCCGAAGAUCCAUGCGCAUGGCGUACGCAUCCUCACCGUCGGCGUAGUACUUCGAUUCGACCUUCUCGACCUCGAAGCCGAGUGUGUCGCGGUACAGGUGCAGCGCAGCGGUGUUUGAGACUCGAACGUGCAGCGAGACGUAGUGGGCCCGGUGAGAUUCGGCCAUCGCCCGU